AUGGCAGCAACACAGGACAGUGAGGACCCCGGCUACAAGCGAUUGUUCGAACUCGAGACGGAGUACCGGGCACAACGGGUGUCCGACCGUCUUCAUGCCAUCGUCUCGUUCUCUUAUCUCUUUGACGACUUCCCCAACCCGACCAUUAUCAACUCUGGGUUCUUAAAACUCGCGGAUUAUUUCCAGAACAGACAUGCGAUCCUGCAGGUGUUCACCAGAUCGGAACGACAUAUGCAAAAGAUUAUGAAUGUCGAGGAGGUUGUCAAACGUAUUUCGCCUUUGCUUCAGUCCAACGAUCCGCUCUCUCGAGCCCUCACCCUUCGAGCUUUUGGUACCAUGGCUGUCAUCGUCUCGGAUCGCGUGGACGUGUAUCACAGGGUCAUUCAUUCGUUGGACUCGUUAGAAGCCAUGGAGGUCAGUGCAGCCAUCUACGCUGCAGACAGGAUCUGCUCUCAUUCUCAGCGAUUCUGUGCCAUCAUUUCUGGAAAGUUAGCGUUCAUGGUUCGGGACGAAAAGACGCCUCUGCCAGUCCGUCGACGACUGAUCCGGAUCUUUGGACACAUGUUUGAGGAUAUUACGCUUGCGAGACUUGCCCGGAAGACUUGUCUGGAUAUUCUUGAGUUGACACAGGAUACCGAAUACAUUGUGGCGAUUCUUCGGACUUUGACUCGUCUGGCGUCGCAUUCUUUGGUCGAUGUCCCUGAGCAGAUCGAGUUGUUGUUGCAACAGGCCGAGGAUCAAUCGGUCUUGUCCACGGGAAUCAGACGUGUCUCGCUUAUGUGUUUGGGAUCUUUGGCCCAGAGGGGUAUCGAAUUCAGUCCUGCGCAGAUCAAGGCUAUUUUCAACAUCGCAUUGGACUUUCAGGACGAAAAGACGACACUCAGAGCUGUGUCAACACUACACAAGGUGUUCCUCCAGGCAGGAGUCAUGGCCUCGCUGUUGAUGUUGCCUGACGCAGGACAACAGACUAUGGCAGGAUACAUCGAGAUGGCGCUACAUAUCAUGGAACGGUCGACGACUUCCACAUCACUUUCACAAUUUGGAUUGCGGCUCUUGUUACUAGAGUCCUAUGCAUUGUUAUCGGUACUUUUGCCAAGUUAUAAGCAUGGUGGCGCCAUCGAGUGGUCGGAGGCAGCGGAACAUACAUAUCGGGAUGCUCUUCAGGAAACCAUUCAGUCGAUGGGUCAGUUCUUGGUGAAACUCUGGAGCCCUCUCAAGGAUGGAACCAGAGCUCUUUCGCAGGAGGAAUCGAGUCAGUCAGGAACUGUGCUUCGGUACUGGCUUGUGUUGACUCUGGAGGAGGAAUCUGGCGCGGAGAAAAUGUUCCAGACUAUUCUGGGAUGGAUAGAGGAUUACAAAGAUCUGUCGUUGAUACUGUCCAAAGCUCUUUUGCACGUGGCGCAAGUACAACCGAAGGUGGUGCAUGGACUUCAAGAUGUUAUUUUGGCUCUAUUGGAGAGUCGAGUGGAUUCUCCUGAUACACGAAGCUUCACUGUGAUGUACAGAGCGCUUUUGGAAUCCUUAUCGCUUAACCGUCGGUCAUUUGCAGGAGGCGUUGAGGCGCUUGAGACACGCGUUUCGUCACUACUUGAGCGGUUCGGACAGAUGGACAUGGAGGAACAACCGACGCGGAAUCACUGGGAGCUCUACCAGCUUGGUCGGUAUUCGUUGCAGACUGGCUGGCCCUCAUUGGCGACGAUGGCGUUCAAGAAUUUGGAGAAGGGACUUCGGAGCGUGCCUCAUGCUCUGUGGCUGUCGACCGUCCAGACGCUUGCCCUGAUCGAAAGUUCUCUUCAGACUGUCUCGUCCGUACCUGUGAUACGGUCACGUCGUGGGAGUGCGGAUAUGGAGACCGGAGAGGACUCGGAAGGAAGCGUUGUGGACUUGUAUUCGCAUCAGCAGAUGUAUGUCAAGAUCAUCGGGUAUCUUGAGGAAAUUGAGGGGAAUCAGGCUAUGAACAGAUCAUUUCAGCUGAAGCUGUGCUCGCUGAGGCGUGAAUACCUCCAGACAUGCCAACAGGCCGUAACAACCCUCCAUCUGUUGACGUCAAGUGUUGUCAACCACAGUCUGAAGAAUAGUAGCAACAGUGCACUCUCCUCCAACGUUGCAUUCGUCCCACUUCCGAAUGAUGAACGAGCCUUGUACCAGUGCGCGGAUCAAUUGAACAAGCUCGCCCACCAGUACACGUUACUCCGUGCCCGGAUCGCUGUUCAGGAGACUACCGCCAACCAAACAUCCUCUUCAUCCACGUCAAAUUUCAACUCUGGCAGUGGCGUGGCUCAUGGUAGCGGAGCAGAAAACACGACGUCAUUCUCGAUCGUGACGGGAGAAUCCUCACACUCUGUCCCAAAGUUCUCAUCAGACCAACAAUCAGACGCGGCGGUUGAGAUCUUGCAGACCAUGUGUCUAGUUCUGGCAUACUCUUUCCAGAAACUGACCAAAGUGCUGAGUCGGACUACUUGUGACGGCGACGGCCAACAGCAGGCUGAUAACGAUGAAGAUGAGGAGAUCUUUGAUAUCGAUCCACUCUUGAUCCCGCUGCUGUACCAUCAGGAUCAGGAGGAACUUGAUGCCGAUGAUUUGGGUUCGGGUUCGGGAUCCUCUGUGUUUGGUGCUGGUGGUCCCAGGACUUUGGCGGAGGUCUUCCGGGCCUCGACGCGGAAGGCCCUUGGCUAUGUCGAUCAGCACCUUCAAGGAGGCGGAGUUGACACUCUGGAGAUGUCGUUAUCGCUGGUGCAGCAACUGAUCGUCCAGUUCAUCUCGUUCCCGGUUCCUGUCCCGCAAAUGUUCUUUGUCUCCCGCAACGCCAUUAUCUCAACUCAACCCUAA